AUGUUUAUGCGUCGGAUGCUACAGCUGGCCGUCUCGAUCGGCAUUCGUUUGGGGCUGUCUCUUGCGAAUCCGAUCGAUCUCGGUGAGCUAGGCCUUCAGGCGGAGCGCCGUGCGGACUCGAGCCUCGUCGGUUAUCUUGGGGCGAUAUUCCUCGGGGCUGACCCGUACGUCUACUUUUACCUCAGCAAUGGCAACGAUCCGGUUUCGUUCACGGCCUUGAAUGGGGGGCAGCCUAUUCUUCGCCCAACGAAGGGCACAGGCGGUGUCAGGGACCCCUACCUCGUCCAGGGUGGUGGCUCUGAAGCAGGUCGCAAGUGGUAUAUUAUCGGCACCGAUCUGCACAUCGGAAAGACCACGUGGGACGCUGCACAGCGGACUGGGUCGAAGGGGAUAUUUGUCUGGGAAACGACUGACCUCAUUAACUUCACCGGCGAGCGUCUCAUAAACGUCGAAGAUGCUAGUGCCGGUAUGGUUUGGGCGCCGGAGGCUAUAUGGGACGCUGCGAAGGAUCAAUACCUCGUCCAUUGGGCAUCAAAAUUCUAUCCUGCUUCAGAUCCCAAUCACACUGGUUCUCCGUCGAAUAUCCGGAUCCGGUACGCGUACACCAGCGACUUCAAGACCUUCAGCACGCCGCAAACCUACAUCGACUAUGCGCCAACUAACAUCAUCGACCUCGAUAUCCUGCCCCUCGACACCACCGGCAACAACUACCUACGGUUCAUGAAGGACGAGACGUUGAAGACUGUGUUCCUGGAGUAUUCGACGACGGGGCUCUUCGGCACAUGGACGCGGGCCGGGGGGGCCGCGGGCAUCAUUGCAUCCGGCGUCGAAGGGCCGGCUGCCUACCGGGAUAACAGGGAUGACGCCAAGGUACACGUCCUCCUGGACUUUUACGGCGACGACGGGUAUAGGCCGUACCAGAGCACCAGCCCGAGAGACAACGCGUGGACUGCGAGCAGCAGAUCGGGGUUUCCGAAAAACUUGCGGCACGGAAGCAUCCUGGCUGUCAACCAGACCGUGUACGACGCUUUGAGCGGGGCAUGGGCCUCGUGA